CUAUUUCGCAGAUCUGUUUGACAACAAACCCCGAACCGAAAGUCCGAAACCAUACCAAGUUCCAAACUUCCAACUGAUUCGAGUCAGGGACCCUGGUGGCAUCAUGGCAGCAAAUCCGUUGUCUUUAGGGGUUCGGUUGCAAAAUGCCAUUAACCAGCCAGUCCUGCAGCUACGAUGUGAAGAAGUGGGUCGAAUAUUAAAUGAGUCUACUAGUAAAGAUGCUAGUUUUGUACUUCGCACAGUGAUUGACAGCAUCUUUGGCAUGAAUGGCCAACUCGGUUGGGGUCUGAGGACCAUAACGCACUCUUCCUUACCACGAGAAUUUGAACAGCUUUGUGCUUUCCUCAGUGCCUCAGGACCAUUGCUAUCAUUUACGUACAGACUGGCUAAUGAUCCUUUCUUGUUAUUUGAAUUUCCUGUGGCCUGGCUUCCUGCCAAAUCACGAGCAGAAAUUGAGGAGGGUGUGCCUGGUAAUUUCUAUGUCAACAAAGUUCAGAAUCCAGGCCCUGGAAAAACACCAACAAACAUUUUGUUAAAUGCUUUUGAGUUCUACAUCUUCCACUAUGCUCACUUUUUGGUGAAUGGGAGCAAUCACAGAUGGUCACUAUCUUGGUCAACCUCUGGUGAUGCCAUUUAUCCUAGCCUGCUUGAAGAUUAUCUUCGGACAUUUCUGCCAUGUGAUGGAUCAGUUCCCCCUGGCCCACCAAGUCCUCCUGUGUCACCCCGGGGGGUGCUAUCUCCUAUGACUCCAAGGGGAGCUGGUGUUGGCAGUAAUAACUUGUACCUGACCUCUUUUGGAUCUCCAAUUGGAUGGCGCCCGACCCGUACCACAGUCAACCCUGGGUUUCAGGCUACAGAGCGAACUGGCCCUCUCUCAUCAACACCACUACAGGGUGCGCACAACCAGCAUCCGCAACUAAACAUUUGGACCAGUCAGGCUGUGAUUCAAGUCUUCGUAGAGAUGUGGGUCAAUCAGUGCCUGCCCGUGACAAGGUCUCCAGGGAGGUCCCCGUCUUCCGCGGCACCUCCUCCUCAUGCUGGCCAGGUUAGUAAACACCCUUUCAUUUCUGUUCAUGUAUUGCAUGUUUGAUUUAUGAAAUGUUAC